GCGCCCGCCCGGCACGCGCGGAUCGGGUUUCGACACUUCGUGUCUGCCUCGUCCCUCUUUUCCUUCUUGUCUAAUUACCUAUUUAUUACUAUCCCGAUCCCUCGGCUCCGUGACACCCAAACACUGUCGUUCCUGCUUGCUGCCUUUCAACACCGCGGCGCAUCAUCACUAUCCGAAUCUCGACGUCGACUCUCCAUUCGGAUCACUGCCGAACACUCGACCCCACCACACGGUCACCACCAUCAUGGGUGACCUCCGCCAGAGGGCAUCGUACCCGGACAUUGCAUCUGGCGAUGCCUCGGCAAACCCAAACCCAGACGAAGCUGGACUUCUUGUACAACGAAAUGAUAGUUCGCAAAAGACGAUCCAAAAUGCGCAUCCUUCCGGCAAGAAGAAGCAUAACCGGUUGAUCCAGAUCCUUAGGGGUGUUUCGCUGGCUAUCUUCUUCACAGCAUGUUCUGUUGGCAUCGUCGCGACCCAGUUCCUCGGCGCACCACUGUAUUGGAUCAACCGCGGCCUCUACUACACCUACAUGGCCGUUACGAAACAGUCCUUCGGCCUAAUCAUCACGACUAUGACGCAGUGGUGGGGUCCCACGACCAUUCGCAUCAGCGGCGAUGGCUCCGUCGCCGGCCAGAUCAAAAAGACCCCCGACGGUCGCGUCGAGUUCAACUUCCCCGAGCGCAUGGUCAUGAUCGCCAACCACCAGAUAUACACCGACUGGCUCUACCUCUGGUGGGUAGGCUACGCCAACGCGCCCCGCAUGCACGGCUACCUCUACAUCAUCCUCAAGGAGUCGCUCAAGUACCUCCCCAUCGUGGGCCAAGGAAUGAUGUUCUACGGGUUCAUCUUCAUGUCGCGCAAAAUGUCUGUCGAUCAGCCACGGUUGGCCUACAGACUCGGGAAGCUAAAGACCAAACAUACGCACAACGGGAGACAGUAUCUCAACCCCAUGUGGCUUCUGUUGUUCCCCGAGGGAACCAACUGCACGCAAAAUGGAAGGAACAAGUCCAAGAAGUGGGCGGACAAAAUUAGUAUCAAGGACACGGAGCACGUCCUCCUGCCGCGCAGUACGGGAAUCUACUUUUGUCUGAAGGAGUUGAAGGGCACGGUAGACUAUGUUUACGACUGCACCGUCGCCUACGAAGGCGUUCCCCGCGGCAUGUACGGCGAUCAAUUCUUCACCCUCUCCUCCACCUACCUGCGCGGCCAGCCGCCCAAAUCCGUCAACUUCUACUGGCGCCGGUUCGCGGUAGCCGACAUCCCGCUCGAAAACCAGGAGGAAUUCGACGUCUGGCUGCGCGAGCGCUGGUACGAGAAGGAUGCGCUGAUGGAGCAGUACCUGACCACUGGCCGGUUCCCGCCUAGUCCGGCGACCAAGGAGGGAGGCCAUGAGGGUCACUUAGAGACGGAGGUGCGCGCGAGACAUCCUUUGGAGUUUUUGCAGAUUUUUUCUGUGUUGGGGGCUGCGGGCGUGUUGGCUACUACGGCGGUUAGGACGUGGGGGAGGGUGGCGCAGUGGAUAUCCUGAGAUUCGAAGUUUGACGGCCUUUGCUGCAUCAAGUCUUCUACUCGUGGGGUCUUGAGGCGACCUUUCCCUCUGACCAAGACUGGCUAGACAAGGGACGUUGCUGGCCAGAUGAGUAUUCACGGAUCAUGACUGAUGAGACGACGCUUCACUCUAUCCUUUGGGAUAUACCCCCUUUUUGU